UACUAAGAGAGGAAGUAGUCAAGCAGUUUGGUCAUGUCACCGACAGAACUGGAGUAUACAUCCCCCGCACAGAAACACACUCUCACACACUCAAUGCUUUGUCACACUCUGUCAUUCACUAUCUCUCAGUACCUUUCUCUCUUCGACAGCAACAGAAACUCACACAGAUACACUGAACAAACACACUCUCCACUACUUUAUACACCAACCCCUCGGACAUAGCAGAGGUGCCUGGGAGUGUUGCUCUCAAUAUGCAAAACAAAUCUGAUGUGAAGGCCAUCAUGGCUCGCUUCCAAGCGAGUGGGGCCAGCACUGACGAGACUUCUUCCACACCACCGGCUGGACGUAUCAAACCACCCCUGCACCCCACCCUCUCCUCCGGGCCGCCCGUACAAACCAAGAAACCUGUCUUGGAGAGCCUCUCAGGCAGUGCAAUAAAUGUGCCUCCUAAACCCAAUUUCCUGAAAAAUACAGUAUCAUCCAAAAGUGACACAGAGGCACAUGAAAACAAAACUAAAGCCCUGGUUAGCAGGUUUGGAAACGCACAAGAUGAAACCAGCACCAAUAGCAAACCUUUCCUUGCUAAUAAACAGCACCUGGCCUUGAAACCAACAAUUUCACAAGCUCUUGAAAAUAAAGGCCCUGGACAGAAGCCACCUCUCAAUAAGCCCCCCCUCAGCUCCACUAUGUCCGACGCCAAACCUGCCAUUCCUAAACCCCCUCCAGCAGUCGUCUCCAAGCCCAGUUGGGUGAAAGAAGAUAGUGGUGGGGGUGUAACCGGCUCCACACCACACAAAUUUCCCCCUUUACAACAAAAACCGAGCAGCAGCUUUUUAAAAUUACGUCAAAAUGACGAGAUGGCAGGAGCUAACACGGAAACAGCGAACAAACCAUUAGUUCCAGCAAACUCUACUUCUAAGCCGCCCCCCAACUUCAAGACUGCUCAGAAUAUGUUCAACAAGGAGAAGGACAAGACUGAGCAGUCAGACAGUGAUGUGAACGCAAAUGGAGCCAACAAACAGCCCCUCACUGCUACUAACUCCAUCUCUCCUCCCAAACCUCCAGCCAGUAAAAAGCCUAGCAUUAAAAAGCCCUCUAAGCUUUCUCCUCAGACCAGCAGCAUUAAUGGGGAUUCCACUUCAGGCCCCAAACGUAACCCCCUCCCCAACAGUUUAGCUUUGGGCCCUGCUCCUGCCAAGCCCAACCGACCACCCAAAGUCAACCUGGAGAACUUUAAAAGAGGGGCUAAAGCCUCUGAUGAUGGUCCUGGCACAUUGAAAAAAUCUAUCAUCCCAACUCCUCUGGCCUCUCACCCCAGUAACCAGAGCAACCAUGCGCCCCCAAGUCAACCCCCUCCGCCUGCACUUCCUAGUCUGCCCCCACGACAUCCUGGAUCUAUGAUACAGCAAGAGGACUUCUAUGAUGAUGUUGAUGAAUUCAGCAGUGCUCCUCCUCCUCUGCCUCCAUCCACAGGUCACCCAAGUCAGAGAGGAAAGGGGGAAAGCGACAGUGACGGAGAGACGUAUGAGGAUCUUGAUGAACGAUGGGAAGCGGCUGAACAAAAACAAGAAAAGAAAGACGAGAAGGAGGAGAAAAAACGGCUGGAGGCUGAGAAGAAGGAGCAGAAGGAACGUGAGAAGAAGGAACAAGAUGCCAGAAAGAAGUUCAAAUUGGUUGGGCCCCUGGAAACCAUCCACCAAGGGAAGGCCCGUGUGGAUUGCAAAGGCAGUAAGACUGACCUUGCUCUGAAGCAGGGAGACUGCCUGGACAUCAUACGUGUCAUGGGCAACCCAGAAGGGAAGUGGUUAGGACGGACGCAGGAUGGAUCCAUUGGUUAUGUGAAGACCACUUCAGUGGAAAUUGACUUUAACACUCUGAAGAAAUCUCGACCUCAGCAGGCAUAUGACCCUGAGGUAUACGAUGACAUCGAUGUGGCUCAUUCUGAUAACAGUGGAAUCAAAGGACCAGGAGUUGUCUUACCACCGCUACCAGGAGACGGAGGAGAAAUAUAUGAUGAUGUUAUUGAUCCAAACCUGGAAGUCAGUCCCUUGGACUCCAGCUCUUCUCUUAUGAAGCCCCGUAGCUUCCUGCGGAUGUUUGACCGGAACAGACGUCCUGCCAGCUCUAAAGUAGUGCCUCCACCCAGCCAGUUUACUGCAGAUGGGAAUUCAGAUCAGCCAGGAGCGAUUGAUGAGGAGAUAUAUGAUGAUGUCGACUCUCAAAACGUACCUCCCCUGCCUCCCCUCAGCAGCCUUUUAACCCUGAAAGGCAAAAACAAGACAGAAGAGAUGGACCCAAAGAAGCAGAAGAAGUUUGAGAAAGAAGAGAAGGAAUUCAGGAAAAAGUUUAAAUAUGAAGGGGAGAUACAGGUGCUGUACCAGGUGAACAUAGUGCCAAAUCUCACUAAUAAGAAGUGGAGUGGGAAAGAGCUUCCAGUCAAAGCAGGAGAAAAACUUGACGUCAUUGUUAAAGCUGUGGAUAACAAACUGAUCUGUCGGAACGAGGAUGGCAAGAUUGGUUAUGUUUCGACCAGUUACAUUGUUACGGAUGAUUGUGACAUCUAUGAUGAUAUUGGAGAUGAUUGCAUCUAUGACAACGAUUAAGAAGCAUCCUGCGUCGAAUUUAACCUGAGAAGAAGCAUUUUAUACUGUUUUACAUUUGUCCAUGUUAUUUAUUCUGAUUAUUGGUGAUAUGCAUUGGGAGCUGCUUUUGGUUAACCUGAUAAUCAGACUGAAUAGUAAUUUCAUUUCCACUUCAUUAUUUAUUCAUCAGAAUUUGAAUUUCUGAAUAAAUUGUGAAUCAGGCUAGCUUUAAUUAUUUUGAACAAUGUCAUCUUUUUACAUUUGAUUCUUCAAAAAAAAAAAACAUCUUGUAAAAGUGGGAAACAUUUGUUGGAACAACAGUAUUUGCAUAUUUCUGUUUUGGACCACCUUUAGCAACUCCACAGCACUGUCUUUAAAUGUUUGCUUCUAUUGUGUAAUGCAAUUUUACAAGAAUAGUUAUGAUUUGAAAACAUGACUUGCUAUUUUGUUUUUAAUUAAUGUCCAUGAUAUGAUACUAUAUGUAUAUUCCAUUUUAUCAGAGCUAACCGGUGUCUGUUUCUCAAGCUUCAACAUGUAGACUAAAUAACUUUGUUAGUGCCAAUGUGUCUCUAAAAUACUGUAAAAACAAUUAUGACAUACAUACAAUUUUGGAAAAAAUUGUAUGUGGACCUGAAUACAAGACAUCAAGACAAUGGUAUUGUGAAUUAAAGAAAGUUUAUUCUAAAAA